GACAGUACCAGUCUGCAGGGAAGAAGGACCACAUGCCCCAGGAGCGAGUGCGUGGGGCCAGAGUCUAGAAGGAGAACUGAGGAAUGACUUGGUUAUUUUAGCGGUUUGUGAUUUUUAAUGUGAUGGAAUGAAAACUGGAAGUUGGAAUUCUACAAGACUUGGCCAUGGAUGCAAAUACAGAACUCUUGGAAAAGAUUAGUCUGAACGAAUCUGCCUCCGAGGUGGGGGAGGAAAAAGAAAAAGACUUGGGAAACAACAGCAACCAUGCUGCAUCAUCCCUGAUCUCCAGCCUCCAGGAAGGGGCCUCUGCACUGAAUACUUACACAGCAGAGGAGGAGAAGAGCAAAACACCUCCAGAGAACAAGGGCCAGAUCAUUUUUGAUGACCACAUACACUUGAAAUGGGUUGAGUGGGAAGGGUCAGUUCCAAGGUGGACAGUUUCCAUCUGGAAUGAGGAGGCAUCUCGCACAGACUAUGUCUGUGCAGAGGCAGGAUGUUCUGUUGGGUUUUUCAAUGAAAGUAAAGGUCCAUAUUGUUACUAUUCCAAUGCUGAUCAAGAACAUCGCACCUCAAACUUCAGAAUGUUGGUAAAUGAGGAUAACGUUGAAGUGCUAGAGUGGAAGGAAGGAUCAUUUGGUUCUGUUCCACCAAAGUCAGUUCCAAGCUAUCCAGGAGUUAAUGUUUUUGUUGGUAGGAAUCGUUAUGGCUUAGGGAAAGUAGUCCCUAGGUUUGAAGCUUUCUUCUUACCUCAGAAUGGCAAAGAGAAGUGUUACAAAGAAUACGAAGUUCUGACUGUUAACACAUCCAAGAAAUAGCAAAAGUUCAGUAUUUAAUAAAUAAGGCAAAAUUUUCUUACCAAUCAAUUCCAAUCUUAACAUUGUCCAAAAUCCUUAACAAUUUUCAAAAUAUAAAAGAAACCACAACUGAUGAGCAAUAUUGAAAAAUUGGUCACCCCACUUGAAAUGGAGUGGUUUCCACUAUCAGCACAAAAGUUCCCAUUUUCAAUGGGACAUCAGUACGUUUUUCAUCAGAGAUAACUUUUCCAUCGUAUUGGUGCCAGUCGUACCAAGUUGCGAAAACAUCUGUCUACCUGUGAAAUGAAUGUCCCCACCAUUCAUGAAUGUGAGGUGGUCAUGAUGGGUACAGAGAUGAGGGCUCAUAUACCCUAACCAGCCACACUCAUCCGUACUUAUCAAAACAGAGAAACUCUCGGCAACACCAUUCGGGAAACAGGCACCAACAUCCACAUCUCAGAUGUGAACGCUGAGUUGAGACCGUGCCAGCCCAUAAGAAAUGCUGAACUAUGUCCAAGGGAGUCUGUAGUCCUAGUAUCAGCAAUAUGGAAAACGGUUGCUCUACUUCAGGCUUUUUCUUUUCCCAGAUUUUAAUCUUGUCAUGGAAUUAGUAUAACAACUUUAUUGUUUAACAUUUUAUUUAGGGUUAUUGUUUUCUUUUGAUACUGAAGGUUGGGACCAAGACCAGCAUACAACCCCCUGCCAGCGCCCAAGGAACACCUCGUUAUCCACUAUCCACUUUAUUCUCUGUGCUUAUGCCCUCAGCUGCCAUGUAUAAUGCUGAACAGCCACAGGAGAGUAAAAAAAAGAUAAAUGUUGUGCA